AAUGAGAACAGGGCAGCGCUGUGGGCGGGGUUUAAGCUUGCAGUUGCGGAAGACAAGCCGUGGAUUGAAAGUCAGGUUUGAUUUAGACAGAAGUUCGUGGACAUCUUGAUCUCGAGUGCUGUUUUUGGUUUUUGGAACAAGUUUCGAGGGGAGUAAAGUGAGAAGUUUAUACUUUCACCGUACAAGAUCUGACAAAGUAAAGCAGUGUGAAGAUGGCAUAUGCAUGUGACAAGCUGUAUAAUGAAGUUAUCAGGAAAAUGAUGGCUGAAUUGGCCACAAAUGUCAAAGUGAGAGAAAUCAUAGUUCACUUGCCCUGCCUGACAAUUUCUGAUCGGGAGGAGAUAGAUGCUAAAAGAGAGACUUCUGGAAACUACAACGCUAUGGUACUGCUGCUUGAUAGCCUACGUAGACGAGAGAACUGGCCUGAUCAAUUUAUAUUAGCAUUGAAGAAUUGUGAACAGUGGACUCUGGCUGAUGUGAUCAGUAAAGCUUAUGACAGUAUAAGGGGGAUCCACACAACAGACACUUUUGAUGCAUCUGUCAGUCCUGCAGCACCGCCAGCUCCUGCACCUGCCCCUGCUGCUGCUGCACCCAUUCCAGCCCCAUCUCAAGUACAGGCUUCAGAAAAAGUUACCACAGUGACAAUCCACAAGGUUCCAAACUCCACCCCACCCUUGCUGACUCCUACAGUGGAAACUGAAGCCCCUGCUUCAGUUUCAGCCCCAGAUGCUCAAGUACACACUCCUUCUGCAUCCGCCCACCCUGCUGAACCCCCACUGUCAGUUCUAGCUCCAGAUGCAAGGCCCCCUUCUCCAGUUUCUGCUCCUAUAUUGACCCCCCCUAUUAGGCAAAGUGAAGUUCCAGUUGGCACUAGAGAAUCAUCCAAAUUGGGUACUUCAGAAGCCUUGACUGAAGCCCGUGCCUUAGGUUCAGUCCAAGAGACUGUAACUAAGGCAGGGGCUUCUGUACACACUCCUCGUGAACUAGCUCACCUUGCUGAACCCCCACUGUCAGUUUUAGCUCCAGAGGCAAUGCCCUCAUCUCCAGGCUCUGCUCCUAAGGUGACCCCCUCUGUUGAGCAAAGUGAAGUCCCUGUCAGCUCUAGAGAUACACCCACACUGGAUAUCUCAGGUGGCCUAACUAAUGCCGCCCUUUCUGGACCAUCUUCACCUGCACCUACCCUUCCAGCUAACCCAACACCCAUUUCCACCCAGGUUAACAAACCUGCCACCACAUCUCAGUCUUCUGCUUCAAAGAAGGUUCCAGUGGCAGUCUCCAUUGCUGUGAAACAUCCCAUUCAAGACACAGACCCUCCUGGGGUAGUCUUAGCCCGGGACUUACAGAACAACCCAGCAAUAAAUCAGGUUGGAGAGAGGGUACAUACUGCAUUGUUACCAAACUGCCAGACUCAGGAACCCUCCCAUGGAACAGCACAGGUCUCACCUUCAGCGUCUUCAGAUGCUGUUGCUGGCCGCUUGACCAACAUCCCAGAUGAAAACGAAGAGAAUUUUAGCAAACCUGGUGUCCUAAGAGGAGAGGAACCCUUGUCAGUCAGUUCUGAUCUCAGUCUGCAGAUCAGCAAUAUAACCAUGGAGCGUUCACCAAUACAACCAGCUAGGCCUCAAGCUGUGCCCAACUCCCACAGGGGUGAUGAACAAUUAAAUGAGACUGUCUCAGUCACUACUGAUAAUCUGAUGAUCAUCUCUUCCACCGCAACCCUUCCAUCACAGUGUGUUUCUGAUUCUGUUGCCCCUGUUCAAAACACUAUUCCUAGGACACUCAGAAAUGGGUUUCCAGAAGAAGAUAGUAGUUCCUAUCCACAUCAGCCAGUGGAGGAUUACUAUGAGUCUUUGCAGAUGGAGCCAGGCACAAGAGAGCACGUUGUUGAGUUUUCUGAAGAGCCAUCACUCCAAAAUCUUAAUGAUCAGCCUUCAAGCAUGGUUAGACAAACUACAACAUGUUUAAGCCACAACAGUGAAACUGAGAGUCUUGUUUGGUCUGUUCAUGAAGCUCAACCUAACCAGGAAAUCUCACAGUCCAAACAGACUAGGGCUGCUACAAGUUCAGCAACACAUACAGGGUCAGCUUCAGCUACUUUUCAAGAGUCAGAAUUAAAUGUCUCAGGCCAGACUAACAUCGUUCAAUCAGAGCAGACAGAAGAGUCCCAUGGAGUGCUGCACCGAUUUCAGUCUAACUCACACCUUAUUGCAGCUGCAGCUAUUGGCAUAACUGCUCUUUUUGUGGCCUUGAAGCUCAAGGACUAACAUCAGAGCAGCUGUGUGCCACCACUAGUGCCUUAAAGCAUGACCAGAUAAUCUACCCAUAAAUCAUGUACUCGCAGGUUUGCUCUAGCCAUCUUGUCUUAUUUAUUACCUUUAUACUAUAUUAUGUCCAGUAACUGACCAACUUUCAAUGACUAAGUAAUUACCCAGCCCUGUGCUUGUGGUGAUCCUGUGGAGAUUUAAAUGAGUGAUUAAAUCAGUAAAAGUGGUAUUUUCCACUUUGAUUUUAAACUUACUGACAUGUAAGUUUAAAAUUAAGUUUAAAAUGUAAUGUAAUGUCAUGUAAUCAAUUAAAUGCAGUACUUCUGGGAUCUAUCCAAUUGCAUAUAUUUUUUUUUUUAAGCAGCCAGUAUAUGUUAAUAUUAAGCCUACUGCCUUACAAAUCAUUUAUAUUCUGUGGCUCCUUCUGUAAUUUACUGCACUCUAAUUUUGACUGCCUUACAGACAUCAUAUAGAAAAUGUGCACUGUAGAAUUCACGGAAUGUGUUUUUAGUGUCAUUUAGUGUCCAAACUCAACAGACAUGUGGACAAAUGGAAUCUCAUACUGUUCUUACAGAAGACCCAAUGACAACUGAAGGUUAUUUAGGGAAACUAUGAGACUGUCAUCACCUUCAAACCAAUCCUUAUACCAAAACGCGAAACUUUUAUAAAUAUAGGUAUGAUAAAUAUAUUUUAAUGUGGACAAUAGCUCUUUGCACUUAAGCUUAAAUACUCAUUUUUAAGCUUAAAACUGAAUUUGACUGAAUUUUUUUUUUUUCAAAAUCCUAUGGUUAAUCAAGUGAUUAAUUAAAUAAUUCCACCACUGUCGAAUGCCGUGUCCUCUAUGAGCGCCCACAUUUGUAUAGCAUCAUUUCACUUCAAAUCAUCAAGCAUGAUUCCAUGUCCAGUUUCACCUUACUUUUAUAACUUAUGCAUAAAGUCUUUGUGUAAAUAUGAUAUAUUUUUGGCAUGUAGUCCAGUGCUCAUACAUAUUCCAACAUUUUACAAUUACUGCCUGUCUUUGUAAUCUGAUGCUGAUAAUUACCACCUUUGUUGGCUAAUUCUGACUGAUUUAUAGGCCUUUCCUAACUGCACCUUAAAUAUGAUAUAUUUCCUCUACUUAGAAAUUUAGAUUGCACUGGUAUACACUGAAUUGUCACUUUGUUUAUGUACACCUUCAAUGUUGUCGCUACUACAGUUAGAGAACUAUUUAAGUACACAUAGUCUGUCAGCUACCCUCUGACCUGUCCCUGAUUGGAAAUUUUGAGCACUCCAUUAUAGGACCACCACUGACAAGAUAUUAUUUGUUAAUAUUUGUUAUAUGUUAGUAUUUGUGACAUUAGUGGUCUACUCUUAAUCCCACAAGACCACUAACAAAAAGAUAUAGAGAGCAGCAGACCUGUGUUCAGAAGCUAACUGUGGGCAGAGUAGGACUGUCUAGAUACAAGUAAAUUUACACAGUGUUUCUCACAUUUGACAUUUGCUGUUGUAUUACAUAAACUUUAUUGUUAUGGGGUGUUUUUUAUGGUUGUUUUAGAGGGUAACUGACAAACUGCCUAGCAACAGACAGCAUGUUUAUGUAAAUGCAUGUUAAUUGUAAGCAAAGAAUAGGUGAAAAAUAAAUAAAAUGGAAUCUGGGGGAAAUA